AUGGCCUCUAAAGAUGCACAGAACCAAAGAAGCAGAGAUCUGGCUGGUUUUCUUCCUGGAGCUCCAGACCCAGACCACAGCCUUCAGGUCUCACCUCCCACUCCAGGGCACCAAGCGUGGCAGCCGGGUCUCCGUCCGCCAGGCAGUCUCCCUCCUGGUCUAGAACAUUUAAGCCAGUUAGACCUGAUAAUUAUACAUCAGCAAGUGGAGCUUCUUGGAAUGAUACUUGGGACUGAGACCUCCAACAAAUAUGAGAUCAAAAACAGCUUGGGACAAAGAAUUUACUUUGCAGUGGAAGAAAGCAUCUGCUUCAAUCGUACUUUCUGCUCCACACUGCGCGCUUGCACUCUGAAGGUCAUAGACAACUCUGGUCGGGAGGUGAUGACAGUAAACAGGCCCCUGAGGUGUAGCAGCUGCUGGUGCCCUUGCUCCCUACAAGAGUUAGAAAUCCAAGCUCCUCCUGGUACUAUAGUUGGUUAUGUUACACAGAAGUGGGAUCCCUUUCUGCCUAAAUUCACAAUCCAAAAUGCAAACAAAGAAGAUGUUUUGAAAAUUGUUGGUCCUUGUGCAACAUGUGGCUGUUUUGGUGAUGUGGAUUUUGAGGUGAAGACCAUUAAUGAGAAGCUCACAAUCGGGAAGAUUUCAAAGUACUGGUCAGGAUUUGUAAACGACGUCUUCACCAACGCUGACAACUUUGGAAUUCACGUUCCUGUGGAUCUGGAUGUGACGGUCAAAGCCGCCAUGAUUGGUGCUUGUUUCCUCUUUGAUUUUAUGUUCUUUGAACAUUCACUGGCUGGACUAUAA